UGUUCAGUUUGCGGCAACAAAUAUUUACGCUUCUCGCACGAUUAUUAACAUUAUUUAAAACGUACAUUCUUAACUGCUAUCUAAUCAGUGGCUUUCGCUUUGCGUUCAUUAGCCAAGCAAACAGAACUUUACCAUCACUUAUUCUGUUUGUCAUUGUUCAUUAGAUGCUUGUCCAAUUUGUUAGACAAUUUCCUUAAUACUGACCCCCGAUUAUAGCAAUUGAAAGCAUGUCAACCAAGUUCAAGUUUGCGAUUGACCGUGGUGGAACGUUCACUGAUGUCUUUGCACAAUGUCCCGGAGGAAAAAUCCGCGUUCUCAAGCUGCUGUCUGAAGAUCCGCAGCAUUACAAAGAUGCCCCAACUGAAGGAAUCAGACGGAUCCUUGAAGAGGAAACCGGCAAAGGAGUGGAUGUCGAUGGGAAUGUGGAUAACUCCAUGAUUGACUGGAUAAGAAUGGGAACCACUGUUGCUACGAAUGCGCUCCUGGAGCGCAAAGGGGAGAAAAUGGCUUUCGUCACCAACAAAGGGUUUAAGGAUAUUUUGCUGAUUGGAAAUCAGGCCAGGCCCAAAAUAUUCGAGCUGAAUAUUCGUCGUCCGGAUCUCCUUUACACUGAAGUCGCAGAAGUGGAUUGCAGAGUGAUCCCAACACUGGAGGGCCAGUGCGAAUUAGGGGACGUAGCAAGGAAGUGGAGAAUCGUAGAAGGGCAAACUGGGGAAAAGUUCUACGUGACUAGGGAGCUGGAUUCAGAAGCUGUGAAGAGUCGCCUGAUGGAAAUUAAGCAAAUGGGCAUUGACAGUAUUUCCGUAGCUCUUGCUCACAGCUACGCCUACUUUGAACAUGAGAAGCAAAUAGGAGACAUUGCCAGAAGAAUUGGUUUCACUCAUGUAUCUUUAUCACACGAUGUUAUCUCCAUGACGCGCAUUGUCCCCAGAGGCUUCACCUCAUGUGCGGACGCCUACUUAACACCUCAUGUGCGAAGAUACGUGGAAGGAUUCUGCAGCGGGUUCAAGAACAGUCUUAGAGGAACCAGGGUGCUGUUCAUGCAGAGUGAUGGAGGUUUGACUCCGAUGCAAAACUUUAACGGAGCGAGAGCGAUUCUUUCCGGUCCUGCUGGAGGCGUUGUCGGCUACGCAGUUACAACGUGGCAAAAAGAGACCGAACUACCGGUGAUAGGAUUCGAUAUGGGGGGCACUUCCACGGAUGUCUCAAGAUUUGCGGGCUCCUUUGAACAUGUAUAUGAAAGUACCACGGCUGGAGUGACCAUUCAGGCGCCCCAGCUUGAUAUCAACACGGUUGCAGCUGGUGGAGGCUCCAUGUUGUUUUUCAGGUCUGGGAUGUUUGUGGUUGGUCCAGAAUCAGCCGGGGCCCAUCCAGGGCCAGCCUGCUACAAAAAAGGAGGUCCAUUGACUGUGACUGAUGCGAAUCUCGUUCUGGGGCGACUGAUACCCGACUUUUUCCCCAAAAUAUUUGGCCCCGAUGAGAACGAGCCUCUGGAUAAAGGCAUCGCCUUCAAGGCCUUCCAGGAAUUAACUGAGGACAUUAACGGCUUUUUGCAAAACCAACAGAGCUCUGAGGAGAAGGGCUUGUUGUCUGUGGAGGACGUCGCUAUGGGGUUUAUACGAGUGGCCAAUGAGGCGAUGUGUAGGCCUAUUCGGGCCCUCACGCAAGGGAAAGGAUACGACACCUCCAGACAUGCACUGGCCUGCUUUGGAGGUGCAGGCGGGCAGCAUGCCUGUGCAAUAGCUCGAUCCUUAGGGAUGUCCACUGUGUUUGUUCAUAGAUAUGCAGGGAUAUUAUCGGCUUACGGGAUUGCCUUGGCAGACGUUGUGCACGAAGCCCAAGAAGCAUGUGCGAAGACAUACGCUGAGGAAAAUUUCGCCUACUUUGACGCUCGGCUGGACGCUCUGAAACGACAAUGUCUGCAGCAGUUGCAGGAGCAAGGAUUCCGCGACUCUGAUAUCGUUGUGGAGCCCUAUUUGCACAUGCGGUACGAUGGGACUGAUUGCGCCCUGAUGUGCGCCCCCACGCGCCCUCAGGAGGGUGAAACACCUACAAAACACGGCGACUUUCUGAGGUCCUUCAUCGCACGAUACAAGUCGGAGUUCGGCUUCGUGAUUGCAGAGAGGAAAAUCGUGGUGGAUGAUAUCAGAGUGCGCGGGGUUGGCAAAAGCGUUGCGGAUCAAGCCGCUCCAAUAGGAGCCUCCGCAGAAGCUCCAACCCCCAUUACAACAGCAAAGGUGUUCUUUGGGAAAAGUUACUUUCAGACCAAAGUGUACCAGUUGAAGGAUCUGAAGACAGGCCAGGAGUUAAAAGGUCCCUCUAUUAUAAUGGACCAACUGUGCACCAUCCUGGUGGAACCGGAAUGCACUGCAGUGAUAUCAAAAUACGGCGACAUCAAAAUCACCAUCGGGUCGGGAAAACUGAGGGAAAUCGGCCCCGAGCUGGAUUCCAUCCAGCUAAGCAUCUUCAGCCAUCGGUUUAUGAGCAUUGCGGAGCAAAUGGGCAGGAUUCUGCAGAGAACGUCCAUAUCGACGAACAUCAAGGAGCGGCUGGACUUUUCCUGUGCCUUAUUUGGUGCCGACGGCGGAUUAGUAUCGAACGCCCCUCAUAUUCCGGUACAUUUGGGAGCCAUGCAAGAAGCCGUGCAAUUUCAGAUGAAAACCAGGAAGAAUUUCCUUCCUGGGGAUGUGAUUCUUUCGAAUCAUCCAGCGGCAGGAGGAUCGCACUUACCCGACUUCACCGUCAUUACUCCAGUGUUUUAUCAAGACUUGAAAGAUCCGAUCUUUUUUGUGGCUUGUCGUGGGCAUCACGCAGAUAUAGGCGGCAUAACGCCAGGCUCGAUGCCGCCCCAUUCUACCAGUUUACAGCAGGAAGGCGCGGCUUUUAAAUCCUUUUUGCUGGUCGAAAAGGACCGUUUCAUGGAGGCAGAAUUCACCGAUGCAAUUAAGCAGGCUGGAGGGCGGAACCUGCAUGACAAUAUAUCGGAUCUGAGGGCCCAGGUCGCUGCCAACAAGAAAGGAAUCGAUCUGGUUAACGAGCUGAUAGACCAGUAUGGUUUGGAUGUGGUGCAAGCUUACAUGAACCAUAUCCAGGCCAAUGCUGAAGUUGCUGUGCGCGACAUGUUGCGGCAAGUAGCUAGAGAUGCAGUUGCUAGAACAGGCAGCGCCAGUCUGCACUUUUUGGACCAUAUGGACGAUGGUUCGCCUAUCAGUGUUACAGUGUCUUUGGAUGAGAAAGAAGGAUCGGCCUUUUGUGAUUUCAACGGCUCCGGACCCGAAGUAUGGGGUAAUUGCAACGCCCCCCGGGCAGUCACACUUUCAGCACUAAUUUACUGUUUGCGGUGCAUGGUGGGCCACGAUGUUCCCUUGAACCAGGGAUGUUUGACUCCAGUCAAAGUGCAAAUUCCCAAGGGAUCCAUUCUGGAUCCGAGCGACGAUGCUGCAGUGGUUGGGGGCAAUGUGUUAACUUCACAACGCAUUGUAGAUGUUGUGCUGGGAGCCUUCCGGGUCUGUUCAGCUUCACAAGGCUGCAUGAACAACAUUACGUUCGGAAACCAGUUUUGGGGCUGCUAUGAAACCGUAGCUGGUGGAAGUGGAGCUGUGGUGAGUCCGGUUCCAGAGGACUCAAUCUUCUGAUUAGAGCGGAUGGCCGGACGAUUAAUCUUGGCCCGAAAACGAGUGUCAUGGUACAAGCUGGGGACACAUUCAAGCUUCAAACACCUGGCGGGGGUGGUUUUGGUGUUCCAGGCACUUCUAGGGAUGGAAAAGGUCCGGCAGGAUCCAGAAAAAACGAAUUUGUUGAGCGCGGCAGCGUUUACGAAUAUCGAAUGGCCCAAGAAGGAGUCUGAUUGUAGGCCGUCGCUUGUCUGCAUGGCUGCUCAUCGGGCCGCAUGAGGUUCCAUUCAUAUUGCUCGAGGCCUUUGCAUUAGGUGUUUGAAUACUGCUUUGUUUUGCCAGGAUUAAAUAAUGAUUUGUUGUUGA